GGGCGCGCGCUGAGCGGUGUUUCGAAGGACGCGAGGCAGUCACCUUGCGGUCUGAAAGCGGCACGCGCCGCAGGAAAUAACCCAAACAAAAAACACAAGCUCACCAACUGCAGUUCUCCCUGAGUGGAGUUGUGUCAGAUAGACAGACUGCCAUGAUAGUCACUCCUCUGCACAGUGUGUGGAUAUAGAGAGCUGCCAGGUAACCUGCCCUGUCGCGAGACAUACUGGUUCAGAGGAGGGGGUUAGACUAGGGGUUUGGCGCGCGAUGCGUGAGCAGACAUCGCACCGGCAGAGUUUGUGCGUGACAUGAAGACGAGAAGAGCUCGAGCUGUGGCAUAGGUCGCAAGCAGUCGGUGCGUGUUCUGCCUUUAUCCCGUGGAAAUGAACGAGGUCGCAGAUUGACACGGUAAUGACCGGCCCCUUUACCUGUCUGUUACCUGUUACCAUGGAGACCACCGCUUCACCAUAGAGGAGGAUAUUCCUCAACCAAUCAGAGUGGAGUCCAGUUUCGACCAGAAGGAGUCUAAAGUAUUUCCCAACAUACACGGCUUCUCUCUGGCACUCCUUAUUGGUAACGUGGCAAUGGCCCGUCCUUGACUUCCACAGCAGGAGGAGGACACGGCUUCUCUCUGGCACUCCUUAUUGGUAACGUGGCAACGGCCCGUCCUUGACUUUCACAGCAGGAGGAGGAAGUCCACAUUUGUAUUAUAUUUGGCUUGCCACCACUCUUCACAAUGGAGAGGAACUUUACUCUCAUGAAGCAUAGUAGUUCUUGACCAAACUGGACAUCAUCAGGACACAUCAUCAAGACAUUUUCUUUGUUAACAAAUUAACCAAUAAGAUGAUCUGGAUCAUCCUGGCCCUGCCUGUAUGGGCGUGGCGUGGGACUGUUGGCGACGCCCAGUCUAACGAGCGGCGAGUCGUGGCACACAUCCCCGGUGACAUCAUCAUAGGAGCCCUGUUCUCUGUCCAUCACCAGCCGACAGCGGACAAGGUACACGAACGUAAAUGCGGCUCGGUGCGCGAGCAGUACGGUAUCCAGCGUGUUGAGGCCAUGCUGCACACUCUAGACCGUAUCAACGCUGACCCCCAUAUCCUCCCCAACAUCAGCCUGGGCUGUGAGAUAAGAGACUCCUGCUGGCACUCUGCUGUGGCCCUGGAGCAGAGCAUUGAGUUCAUACGAGACUCCCUGGUGUCCUCCGACGAGGCUGAGGUGGGGGGAGGCAGUGUGUGGGGGGGCGGCGGGGGAGGAGCCGACGGGAGGGGAGGGCCGAGGUGUGCGGACCCCGCUGCAACCCCCAUGCGGGGGAAGAAACCCAUCGUCGGGCUGAUAGGACCAGGCUCCAGCUCUGUGGCCAUUCAGGUCCAGAACCUCCUACAGCUCUUCAACAUACCCCAGAUCGCCUACUCUGCUACCAGCAUGGACCUCAGUGACAAAAGUUUGUAUAAGUACUUUAUGAGGGUGGUGCCAUCGGAUGCUCAGCAGGCCAGAGCCAUGGUGGACAUUGUCAAGAGAUACAACUGGAGCUAUGUCUCUGCCAUCCACACAGAGGGUAACUACGGGGAGAGUGGGAUGGAGGCGUUCAAGGAUAUGGCUGCCAAGGAGGGCAUCUGCAUCGCCCACUCUGGUAAGAUCUGGAGCAACGCAGGGGAGAAGAGUUUUGAUAGGCUGCUGGAGCGUCUCAGAACCCACCUGCCCAAGGCCAGGGUGGUAGCCUGUUUCUGUGAGGGCAUGACAGUCAGGAACAUCCUCAUGGCCAUGAGACGACAGGGCCUGGUGGGGGAGUUCCUACUGGUCGGCAGUGAUGGCUGGGCGGACCGGUACGAUGUGACAGAUGGGUACGUGCGCGAGGCGGCGGGCGGAAUCACCAUCAAGCUGCAGUCAGCUGACGUGAAGUGGUUUGAUGAGUACUACCUGAAGCUGCGGCCAGACAACAACCUGAGAAACCCCUGGUUCCCUGAGUUUUGGCAACAUCGCUUCCACUGUAGGUUGAAGGGACACCCACAGGAGAGCCUCAAGUUCAACCGUACUUGCAACAAGCGGGAGUCAUUGCGACAGCAGUAUGCCCAGGACACUAAGAUGGGCUUUGUGAUCAAUGCCAUCUACUCCAUGGCCUAUGGGCUCCAUAACAUGCAGCGCUCACUGUGCCCAGGCUAUCAGGGACUGUGUGACGCAAUGAGACCAAUAGAUGGCGCUACACUGCUGGACUUCCUGAUGAAGACCAACUUCACAGGCGUGUCUGGAGAGGGCAUCCUGUUUGACGAGAACGGAGACUCACCUGGCCGAUAUGAGAUCAUGAACUUUAAGAAGAUGGGCAAGGACUACUAUGACUAUAUUAACGUAGGGAGCUGGGACAACAGUGGGCUGAAGAUCGAUGACGAUGAAAUCUGGGCCAGCAAGGACACCAUUAUCAAAUCAGUCUGCAGCGAACCCUGUGACAAGGGACAGAUAAAGGUGAUCCGUAAAGGAGAGGUGAGCUGCUGCUGGACCUGUACUCCCUGUAAGGAGAAUGAGUUUGUGUUUGAUGAGUACACCUGCCGAGCCUGUGACCUGGGCUCCUGGCCCACCUUCCACCUCACAGGCUGUGACCCUAUCCCAGUGGAGUACCUGCGCUGGGGGGACCCAGAGCCCAUCGCUGCUGUGGUCUUUGCCUGUCUGGGACUUUGUGCCACAUUCUUCGUCACCUCCGUCUUCAUCAGGUUCCGGGACACUCCGGUGGUGAAGUCAUCUAGCCGAGAGCUGUGUUACAUCAUCCUGGCUGGGAUCUGUCUGGGUUAUCUGUGUACCUUCAGUCUCAUCGCCAAGCCCCAUGAUGCACACUGCUACCUACAGAGAUUGGGUAUAGGCCUGUCACCUGCCAUGAGCUACUCUGCCCUGGUCACCAAGACUAACCGUAUAGCCCGUAUCCUGGCUGGCAGUAAGAAGAAGAUCUGUACAAAGAAGCCCAGGUUCAUGUCUGCCUGCGCCCAGCUCAUCAUCGCCUCUCUACUCAUCCUGCUGCAGCUGGGCAUCAUAGUGGCUCUCUUCCUCAUGGAACCCCCACAGGUGAUCCACGACUACCCCAGCAUCCGGCAGGUCAACCUCAUCUGUUACACCACCAACCUGGGUGUGGUGGCGCCGCUGGGUUACAAUGGCCUGCUGAUCCUGAGCUGCACCUUCUACGCCUUCAAGACGCGUAACGUCCCAGCCAACUUCAACGAGGCCAAGUACAUCGCCUUCACCAUGUACACCACCUGUAUCAUCUGGCUGGCCUUCGUGCCCAUCUACUUCGGUUCCAACUACAAGAUCAUCACCAUGUGCUUCAGCGUCAGCCUCAGUGCCACUGUGGCGCUCUGCUGCAUGUUCGCACCCAAGGUGUAUAUCAUCCUGGCCAAGCCGGAGCGUAACGUGCGCAGUGCUUUCACUACGAGCACGGUAGUACGCAUGCAUGUGGGCGAUGGGAAGUCCUCCUCAGCCGCCAGCCGCUCCUCCAGCCUGGCCAACCUCUGGAGGCGACGCGGCUCCGCCGGAGAGACACUCAGCUCCAAUGGAAAGUCAGUAUCUUGGGCCCAGGCGGAGCGGGGUUCCCGUGGAAACCACCUGUGGCAGCGCCUGUCGUUCCACAUCAAGAGGAAGGAGAAUAACCAGACAGCUGUCAUCAAGCCCUUCUCCAAGACCCCCGAGGGGCGCUACAGUGGGGGUGCUGACCUGCUCCCCCACAUGCCCUUGCCCUCCCUACCACACUCCCACUCUGAUGCAGACAAGACUCUGUAUGAACUCACAGAGGCAGAGGAGAGAUACCCCGAGGAGAGAUACCCAAUCACCUACCGGCCUCAGACCCCUUCACCAAUCAGCACUGUCAGCCAGCGCAUGCAUGGGGCGGGACUAAGGGAUGAGCCACUUGUCAUGGGCAUACCAAGCUACCUGACCGGGGGUUCUGUCGGCGGGGGCGAUGUGUGUGACAGUUCUCUGAUGGAUCAGAUCAGCUGCGUGGUUAACCGUUUCACUGCCAACAUCAGCGAGCUCAACAGCAUGAUGCUCUCCCCGUCUCCCACACACUCACACACACACUCUCACACACACGCCCACACACACACCCUGACGCCCUCCCACCAUGCAGACCCCUUCCUCCUCCCCCGGGAGAUCCCCCUCCCCCCCACCAUGACCACAUACGCUGACGUCCAGCCCAUCCCCCCUGUAGAGUCCAACGUAGGUGGAUGCGCCUGCCUCGCUCACCCCCUGCCUCACUCCCCUCACCGUCUCCCUCAGCCUCACCCCCUGCCUCACCCUCACCCCCUGCCUCACGCUCACCCCCUGCCUCACGCUCAGGCCUCUCCAUCUCCAGUGCGACACCUCACUGCGGGGGCAGGGUCCCCUUUAAGGAGGGCAGAGCUGGAAGAGGAGCUAAUGAAUCUGACCCCGCCCUCGCCCUUCCGUGAUUCGCUGGGGUCGGGCAGUGGCUCCCCGGUCUCAGAGUCCACCCUGUGUCUGCCUCCGCCCUCGUCCCCACCGCCCAAAUACGAAAUGCUGACCCUGAGAAACUACAGCCAGAGCUCUUCCUCACUGUGAGAGAAGGAUGAGAGGAGGAGAAGAGGAGGAGAGUGAAAGGACAGAGACGGAGAGGGGGGACAGAGAAAGAACAGUCUCUUGGGGGAGAAAAUGGAGAUGGCUGCCUUGUGAUAGUGGGAGAACGAGAGAAGAUUGGCCAGAUCCUCAGAGAGGUGAAAGCCCUGUUAGAUGGAGCGACAGGAACAGGACACAUAAUCGUGUGAUGUCAUUGGACGGUGACCUGCAGUGUUUGUUUACAUGUGUUCAGUUAGCAGCGAGGUGAAGUAUAAUAAAGUAUAAUGAAGUAUAAUUUAGGCAUCCAAAGCGAGAACAAGGACUACAAAAAAAUACUUUAGCGUUCUGGUGUUCAAAAGUAUGGCCGUAAGUCUCUCCUUAGAGGUGUGUUUGGUCUUUCUUUUGGUAGUGGCCUUAAACUAAAACGGCUGUCAACUAAUUAGAGUUUAUUGUGGUAGGGGGCACCUGCAUAGACACAUGUGGACCUACUGAGUGUCUAAGAACCUCUAACCUCACAGGACUGACCAGCUGCUGCCAUGGACACAUGGAAUAACUAUAAGGGCUGGGCAGAGCAGCUAUGUCCACUGGCGCCCCAACACAUGCACGCACACACACACACGCACGCACGCAUGCACACACACACACACACACCCACACACACCCACACACGCACACACGCAGACACACACACAAACACGUGCAUAUUGGCUGGGGAAAAGUGUAAAUACAAAAAGAUCUUGGAUGGAAUCUAAAUAUCAGAUGCUUCUGUUUAUACAUACCAUGUAUAGUAUGAAAUACUGAACAACUGUCUUAGUAUUGUUUUUCUCUCUCUCUCUCUCUCUCUCUCUCUCUCUCUCUCUCUCUCUCUCUCUCUCUCUCUCUCUCUCUCUCUCUCUCUCUCUCUCUCUCUCUCUCUCUCUCUCUCUCUCUCUGUGUGUUUCUUUGAUAUUUGAGGUCUUUUGGACAAUUAUUUACUUCAGAAGUUUGAAUGUAUAAUAUUUUCUACAUGAUUCCUGAAGCUUUGGGACCAAACAUUCCACACCUCUGUGUCUGUGAUUCUGAGGAGGCAUUCUACUAAACUAACCAGUAUUGAACAGUUAUACAGUAGUCAGUAACGUGCUAGAAAACUAUCCUGAUUCAAGUAGUAAAAUCAAUCAAUCAAACUAAAGUGAACUAGACAUGCAGGCAAUGUUCCCUCAAAAAAAUAUAGGCGCUGAGCAAAUUUCUGGUCUGCUGAGCGCAAACUUGAACAUUGUUAAAAUUCUGUAAAACUUCCAGCCGGCGUUUACUGUUUAUAUGACAGUUUUCACAGUGGCCAAGUAGGCUACAAUAUGUUGUUGAGUUGUUUGAUGCAAGAAACCACUUUACAAAAUAAAAUGCAUUAUUAUUCCCAUACCAUUAUUACAGAGAAUCAGACAAAUUAUGCUUCCCUCUGCCUAUUGGCUACUUAGAUUAUUCAAGCCUGUCUCAAAAUACAACACUGCCCCUUUAAGACAAAAAAAGGCUCUUUAGAUGUCUAGAAAUGUACAUGAUUUGUGCUCAAUCACUCCCCUGCUGCUGACUACAAAUGAUCUAGAACCUAAUAACUCACUAACUAGCAAAUGAUAUGAACAAAAUGUGCACGUGUGACUACAUGUCUCUCUCGCUUUGAUCUCAACAAGCUAACCUACUCACCACCACUCAUGCUGUACAUGCUGUAAACACAGUCCAGUUCAAUGUCAAUGGUACAGAACCAUAUAUGGCAAUGGUCUAUUUGCAUAUCGACCUACUGCAGCUCUGAUUGGUUAUGACACACUGGUCUGUGUACAGUCGUGGCCAAAGGUUUUGAGAAUGACACAAAUAUUAAUUUUCACAAAGUCUGCUGCCUCAGUUUGUAUGAUGGCAAUUUGCAUAUACUCCAGAAUGUCAUGAAGGGUGAUAAGAUGAAUUGCAAUUAAUGGCAAAGUCCCUCUUUGCCAUGCAAAUGAACUGAAUCCCCCCAAAAACAUUUCCACUCCAUUUCAGCUCUGCCACAAAAAGACCAGCUGACAUCCUGUCAGUGAUUCUCUUGUUAACACAGGUGUGAGUGUUGACGAGGACAAGGCUGGAGAUCACUCUGUCAUGCUGAUUGAGUUCGAAUAACAGACUGGAAGCUUCAAAAGGAGUGUGGUGCUUGGAAUCAUUGUUCUUCCUCUGCCAAACAUGGUACCUGCAAGGAAACACAUGCCAUUGCAUCUAAAUCAACCAUUUAUCGGAUCAUCAAGAACUUGAAGGAGAGCGGUUCAAUUGUUGUGAAGACGGCUUCAAUGCGCCCAAGAAAGUCCAGCAAGCGCCAGGACCAUCUCCUAAAGUUGAUUCAGCUGCGGGAUCAGGGCACCACAGUACAGAGCUUGCUCAGGGAUGGCAGCAGGCAGGUGUGAGUGCAUCUGCACGCACAGUGAGGCGAAGCCUUUUGGAGGAUGGCCUGGUGUCAAGAAAGGCAGCAAAGAAGACACUUCUCUCCAGGAAAAACAUCAGGGACAGACUGAUAUUCUGCAAAAGGUACAGGGAUUGGACUGCUGAGGACUGGGGUAAAGUCAUUUUCUCUGAUGAAUCCCCUUUCCGAUUGUUUGGGGCAUCCGGAAAAAAGCUUGACCGGAGAAGACAAGGUGAGCGCUACCAUCAGUCCUGUGUCUUGCCAACAGUAAAGCAUCCUGAGACCAUUCAUGUGUGGGGUUGCUUCUCAGCCAAGGGAGUGGGCUCACUCACAAUUUUGCCUAAGAACACAGCCAUGAAUAAAGAAUGGUACCAACACAUCCUCCGAGAGCAACUUCUCCCAGCCAUCCAGGAACAGUUUGGUGACGAACAAUGGCUUUUCCAGCAUGAUGGAGCACCUUGCCAUAAGGCAAAAGUGAUAACUAAGUGGCUUGGGGAACAAAAAAUUUAUAUUUUGGUUCCAUGACCAGGAAACUCACCAGACCGUAUUAAUCCCGUUGAGAACUUGUGGUCAAUCCUCAAGAGGUGGGUGGACAAACAAAAACCCACAAAUUCUGACAAACUCCAAGCAUUUUGCAAGAAUGGGCUGCCAUCAGUCAGGAUGUGGCCCAGAAGUUAAUUGACAGAAUGCCAGGGCGGAUUGUAGAGGUCUUGAAAAAGAAGGGUCAACACUGCAAAUAUCUUUGCAUCAACUUCACGUAAUUGUCAAUAAAAGCCUUUGACACUUAUGAAAUGUUUGUAAUUAUACUUCAGUAUUCCAUAGUAACAUCUGACAAAAAUAUCUAAAGAGACUGAGGCAGCAGACUUUGUUGAACGACUGUAGAGUACAAGCUGAGUAGUGCGUGUCAAUGGAAUAGAAUCCUACUUCGAUGUGUUCUGCCAACAACAUCUCUUUCAUAGCUUGUUUUGUUUCAGUAUGUUGCAUUGCAAGUGGCUAAUAUUUCCUUGAUUCAAUCACAAUUGCCACAGUAAAGGAAAACAUUGACAGUGUUAACAGGGAAAACUCUGGAACAGUGGUCACCAACCUUAUCUGAGUCAAGAUCACUUUCUGAGUCAAAAUGCAAGCUGAGAUCUACCACUCUUAUUUUAUUUUAUCAGGACUUAAAAAACGUAAUCCUAUGCAACAUUAACCCAUUAAAAACAGCUCUGUAGCAAUGAGGUUUGUGCUGUAAACUAUAGGCCCAAUACAUUAUCACCACAUAUUGGAUUUGCUUGAAUUUACCUGCCAAUGCAUUGUUGUUCGGGACAUUUAAAAACAAUUAUAUUUCAAAAUUGGAGCUAGACUGUAUUAUCACACCGGUAAUAGGUCCAUUGUUGUAUUACUUGUGAGACACAACUAAGUGAGCAUUAAUUUAAAUAAUUAGCUUUUUAUUUGUAUUUUACUGGGCUGAUGGUGCCUGCAUCUGAUGGUCAGUCUCAGCAGAGGGAGAGAGCAGCAGAUUGAGGGUCCGUCUCUCAACAUCCUUCCUCUCUCCUUUUCCUCCACUGACACUGACCAAAAAGGGACACCGUCUUCCAGCUGAUGGCGAAACUCGAGUCGCACCGCAUUAUUCCUGCCUCAUGCACAAAUUCAUGUUGUUACUCCUAUGAACAGAGAAAGUGAAAUAUUCUAUGGUAUUAAAACCCAAGCCACUAAUAAUAAUAAUAACAACACAAGCCUAUAGACACAAUUUACUCCUCAUUCAUUACUGCUGCAGUGCUUGUUGUAGCGCUGAGU